GAGAAAGGGGCUGAGCCAGAGGGCUGAACCAUGAUCCUGUUUUGUGUGCGUGUAGAGGCGAAACAUUCUGAAGCGGGAUCUAGUGAAGGGAUUAUUACUGUGUUACGUUGGAAGGACGUCAUGCAGUGUACGGGACUGGUACAUCCAAUUUAAAUAAUUACGGAUGUCGAAUUGGGAAACGGGUGAGGAAAAAUAUCUGUAAUAUAACCGAAAACGAAUAACGAAAGUGUGCUGUCAUUUUGGUUUAUUUGCAGCUCAUUGGCCACUGAGCAGGUUGACCAACUCAGAGUGGAAAUGAGAAGAGCGGUGGCGGCAAAGAGUGGAGCUCAAGGAAAGGAGCCUGGAAAGACAACUUCCACAGGACCAACAACGGCCAGGGAAAAUGGACCGAGUUUACCAACAACACCGAUAUCUCCAGUCAGCCCCACGACACCAAUAAUAGCCCCGGUGGAUCUGAAAGAUGAGCCACAGUCUCCCGUCACAGAUGCCACUCAGAUGUUGAUAAAAUGUGCCAAGUCCUUCAUCGUUAUUUUCCCCAUUUAUGUGUUGGGAUAUUUUGAUUUCAGUUUCAGUUGGGUUUUAGUAGGGCUUACCAUCUUUUUCUGGUGGAGAAGACAUCAAGGCCACAAAAACAACAGACUGACCCGUUCCCUGGCAUUCUUGGAGCAUGAAGAUAAAACUGUCAAACAAAGUUUGGCGACCUCUGAGUUGCCACCAUGGGUUCAUUAUCCAGAUGUGGAGAGGGUGGAAUGGCUCAACAAGACAGUGAAACAGAUGUGGCCGUACAUCUGUCAGUUUGUUGACAAGCUGUUCAGAGAGACCAUCGAGCCGGCUGUGAAGGGGGCUAACGCUCACCUCAGCUCCUUCUGCUUCACCAAGAUCGACAUGGGGGACAAGCCACUAAGGGUGAACGGGGUCAAAGUGUACACUGAGAAUGUGGACAAACGACAGAUUAUCAUGGACCUGGAGAUUAGCUUUAUUGGAAAUACAGAGAUUGAUGUUGACAUCAAGAAAUACUACUGCAGAGCUGGUAUAAAAAGUAUACAGCUUCAAGGUGUCUUGAGGGUCGUCAUGGAGCCCUUGCUCGGAGACAUGCCAUUGAUCGGAGCCAUAGCUGUCUUUUUCCUGAAGAAGCCUUUUCUGGACAUAAACUGGACAGGCCUCACAAAUAUGCUGGACAUUCCAGGCUUGAAUGGCCUGUGUGAUAACCUGAUCCAGGACAUCAUCUACAGCUACCUGGUCCUGCCCAACCGCAUCACCAUUCCUCUGGUGGGAGAGGCUCAGCUCUCUCAGCUUCGCUUCCCAAUACCUAAGGGCGUCCUGAGGAUUCACUUCCUAGAGGCCCAGGACCUGUUAGCUAAGGAUGUGUUCCUGGGAAGGAUAAUAAAGGGCAAGUCAGACCCAUACGGGGUCCUUCACAUCGGCAACCAGCUGUUUCGGAGCAAGGUGAUCAAGAAGACCGUCAAUCCCAAGUGGCACGAAGUCUAUGAGGCUAUGGUGUAUGAAAACUCAGGACCACAGAACCUGGAGAUAGAGCUGUUUGAUGAGGACACUGACCAGGAUGAUUUCUUAGGAAGGUUAUUGAUAGAUAUCGCUGAACUUCAGAAGGAACAGAAAAUUGAUGAGUGGUUUGUCUUGGAGGAAGGGGAUACCGGAAAGCUGCACUUAAAACUGGAGUGGCUGUCUCUGCAUCCCACUCGUGAAAAUCUUGAUCAGGUGCUGACCAGCAACAAGGUUGAUAAAGGACAGGCUAAUGCUGACCUGUCGUCUGCCCUGCUGGUGGUCUUCCUGGACUCGGCAAGGAGCCUCCCUUCUGGUAAAAAAGUGGGCAGCAUCCCGAAUCCUUUUGUCCAUUUCACAGUCGGGCACAAAACGUACGACAGCAAGACGAGGUAUAAGACCAAUGAGCCUGUAUGGGAGGAGGCCUUCCCUUUCCUCAUCCACAACCCAAAAUGCCAAGAGCUGAAGAUUGAGGUAAAGGAUGAGAAACAUGAUUGUUCCCUGGGGACUCUGAGCCUGCCCCUAGCCCGUCUCCUAGAGGCUGAGGACAUGACACUGCACCAGCGCUUCAAUCUCAAGAGCUCUGGGACUAACUCCACCAUCAAGAUGAAGAUGGCACUGAGGGUUCUGUGUCAGGAGAAGUUGACAGGGUCCGACCAGACGUCCUCGGUGCAGGUUCGUAAGACCAGCACUAGUAACCCCAUCCCCGUGAAGAGCCCGCCCGUCGCCGAACCCCCCAACCCUGUCCCUAUCUCAGACCUCUCACGCUCUGUGGCCGCCUCGACCCAGGAUCUCCACAGGAGAGGGGGGGGUGGCGAGCCCUACUCAGGGGGCCCGGUAGGCAUCGGCCUAGCCGACGCAGGCAGGAGCACCUCCAACCUGGCCAUCUCUGGCUCUCACAAACACCUGGCCCACUUUGGGUCAACUGUCAGUAUCGCCUCGGACAUCUCCAACCCGUACGCCACACAGGAGCUCCAGCAGAGGCUGAACGAGUUGCAGAAUGGCUCAGCCGGUCAUUUGCCCCUGGGUGAGGUGCAAUUGACUGUCAGACACAGCCCUCAGAGGAACAAGCUCAUUGUGGUUUUGCAUGCCUGCCGAAACCUGAUUGCGUUCACAGAUCAUGGGUCGGAUCCGUAUGUGCGGCUCUAUCUUCUACCUGACAAGCGAAGGUCUGGGAGGAGGAAAACCCACACGCACAAGAAGGACCUGAACCCUGUUUACGAUGAGAUAUUUGAGUUCGGUGUGUCGGUCGUGGAGUUGCACAGGAGGACUCUGGAUGUGGCGGUAAAGAACGGAGGAAAUAUCUUUUCCAAACACAAAGGGCUGCUGGGGAAGGUGCUGGUGGAUUUGACUCACGAGGAUAUCGUCAAGGGAUGGACACAAUGGUAUGAGUUGAGUGAGGAUGGUCUGAGAAAAACUCUCCAGCAGCUGUAGACUACGAGAGGUAGAGGAGGACCUAAUCAAGUCUUCACCAACGUGGCAUUGCCACUAGGGCCCUACUGUAAGUGUCAAGCAGUGUCUAUAGAGUAGUGCUGUUUUAGGAUAAGUUUUGCUUUUUGAAAUGAUCCUAGAUCAGCACUCCUACUCGGAGACACUUGGCAUAUACGGCCCCUGAGCAAACGUAUUUGCCUUUUUCAUACAAUUGCUUUUAAAUCCAUGAACAACUUUUUUGGGGGUUUUCCCUUUUUUAAAUGAUCGUUUAUUUACAUGACUUGCAAUUGUAAAAAAAAUAUAUAUACAUUUUGAUAUUCCUUUAUUCACAUCAGUUGCAUCGUUAUCUCUCCCCACUUAGAAAUGAUCCAGUGCAAUAGUAAGAAAGGGAGUAUGUGUUCAAACUAAUUCUACAUUUUUUAAAUCCAUAUUUUAAAAUAAAAUGAUUGAGGACUGUAACAAAAUAUAUAUUUUCUUGCUACGGCUGUUACAGCAGGUUUUGCUGCCUUGUUUUAUGUCGGGAAUGUACAACAUAUGAAUAUGUAAAUAUGUACAAUGACAAUGAGGACUAAAGAGAAGGUUUAUUAUAAUGUUUGUAGUGGAGGGUUUUGCUUGGUCACAAUGACUAUUUUAUAAUUCAACAAACUACAUGCAAACUAUUUCAGAGCUAAGUUGAACUACGACCCGUCUAUCCUCUAAGGGAAAUAGUAUAUAUAUGUAUAUGUAUAGUACUUUGCCACCAAAGAGACAAUGAAAUGAAAUACUUGUCUGUGGGGUUUUAACUAAACCAAAUAUAUUUGCACACUAUUCGUUUAUGCAUGUUUAAAAUCUUUCAAACCAUCAGCAUAGUGUUAACAGUAAUAAUAACAGAACUUGGCUGAGUUAACCUCACAGUGAUAUUCCAGCCUUCUUCAAAUCAUUGUGGCUUAUGAUAAUUGAUUUCCCAACUCUGAAAUCACGAAAGAUGAAAUAUAUUUAUCAUGGUUGUUGUCAAUAAAUGCACCAGUCUUCAUGUUUUUGUUCUACGAACACAUUUCAGCAUGCACAUCUUAUUCAACGCUUCUCUUUACUGCAAUCGCUUGCAAAAAACACAAUGUUUUGGUUUACGUUAUAGGUGUGAAAUGAUCCUAGAUCAGCACUCCUACUCGGAGACACUUGGCAUAUACGGCCCCCUCACCUUUAUUGAUUAUGUCACCUGUACCUGGAUAUCUGUAACACAUGUAAACACUCUGUUAUGACUUUAUUGAUCUGGUUACCAUAGUAAUGAUGUAUCAAAAUGAAAGCAUUUUAGAUUGUACCAUGUUUAAGCUGUAACAUAGUGGCUUGUAGCCUAAUGUAUCAGUUCUGAUGUGUUCUCAUAUUUCUGCAAUCUCUGUCCUUUUUUAAAAAGUGGUUGUAUGCGUACCUACAGGUAACUGCCAAAAUAAAGAAACCGCCAACAUAAA